AUGGCUUCACCGAACCAACCUCUAGCGGCCGAUGAUUUUGACUCCGACUCUGUCAUUUCAGAACUUCCAUCAAGCCUCGAGUCUAUAAGAUCGAGCGUAAGGAGGUACCAUGUCGAAAAUGGCAGGACCUACCAUUCCAUGAGUUCUGGGAAAUACUCAUUCCCCAACGAUGAAAGGGAAGCCGAGCGCCUCGACCUCCAACACCACAUAUGGUUAUUAACGCUAAAGGGGAAGCUCUGCUUGUGUCCGAAACAAAAAGAGCCUGCCAAGCGGGUGCUGGACUGCGGUACCGGCACAGGUAUUUGGGCGAUGGAAUAUGGUAAACCGAUGCGCAUCCGGAAGCACAGGUUGUACUCAAAUUCCCCCGCUGUAACGUCGACUAACUCGUUCUUCAAGGUCAUCGGAGUCGAUCUGAGCCCGAUGCAGCCAUCUUGGGUCCCACCGAACGUCUCUUUCGAACUAGACGACCUUGAAAAGGACUGGACAUGGUCGAGACCAUUUGACUUCAUCUUCGGCAGAGUUCUGGCAGGGAGUAUAAGCAACUACCGCGAUUUCAUCUCCAAAGCCUAUGCAAACCUCGAGCCGGGUGGCUACCUCGAGAUGCAAGACUUCUGCCUUCCCUACAAAUGCGAUGAUGGCACUUUCCCCACGGACUCCCCACUUCACCGCCUGACCAGCCUAUUCCUCGAAGGAACCGCCAAAGCCGGUCGAAGAAUGGACGAGGCGCCCACUUACAGGAAUCUCAUGCAAGAGGUGGGCUUCGAGGGAGUCGUCGAGUGGAAGAGCAAAUGGCCCGUUAACCGGUGGCCGAAAGAUCCGCAUUAUAAAGAGUUGGGGUUGUGGACACAUGCGAAUCUGGAUACGGGGCUCGAAGGGCUGACGUUGGCUUUGUUUACGAGGUUCCUUGGCUGGACGAGCCAGGAAACUUUGGCUUUUUGCGCGGAAGUGAGGGCGUCUUUGAAGGAUACUAGGGUGCAUGCGUAUUUGCCCAUAUAUAUUGUCUACGGACGCAAGCCGUUGUCGAAGUCCACCGCCGCAGUGGGAUCAUCAAGCUCGACUGUACCGGCAGGGCUUGAGUAG